AUGGUGUCCAAACAGGAGAAAGUGUUGCCGCUCCCCAAGCCGGGCGAGCGCAAUAUUUUGGUCACUUCGGCGCUUCCUUAUGUGAACAAUGUCCCGCACUUGGGGAAUAUUAUCGGGUCGGUGCUCUCGGCGGAUGUGUUUGCGAGGUUUUGGAGGGGGCGGGGGGGGAAUGUGCUUUUUGUGGGGGGAACGGACGAGUUCGGCACUACAACCUCCCUCCGGGCACGCGAGGAAGGCGUUGCGCCCCAAGAGUUGUGUGACAAGUACCAUAAGAUCCACAAGGACGUGUACGAGUGGUUCAAUAUCAGCUUCGACAUCUUUGGACGGACGACGAAUGACCGGCACACGGAAAUCACACACGACAUCUUCAAAGAGUUGUGGGGAGAAGGGCUGAUUGAGAUCAGGGAUUCGGAACAGCUUUGGUGUGAGGAGUGUAAAGGGUUUGUGUUUGAUCGGUUGGUGGAGGGGACAUGCCCGGAGUGUGGCAGCGAGGAGGCGAGAGGUGACCAGUGUGGGGAGUGUGACUGGGUUUUUGACAUUACGGAGUUGGUUGAGCCGAAGUGUAAGAUCCACGGGGGAAGGCCAGCACUAAGGCCGAGCAAGCACUUGUUUUUGAAACUUGACAAUCAUGGCCCGUUGCUCGAGAACCAGGCUAAGGAACAAGGAGAGGAUUGGUUGGUAAACGCGAAGGAAAUCAAUGGGAACUCUUCUAUAUGUAUAACAAGGGAUGGACUGGACUGGGGAACACCGGUGCCCGGGCGGUUGGCAGGGUUCGACGGAAAAGUUUUCUAUCCGUGGUGGGAUGCGUUGCUCGGAUAUAUUUCCAUCACGGCAAGUGGGAUGGAAGGGGAAAGCUGGAGGGCGUGGUGGCGGCCUUCGACACCCAUCGCCAUGAAAAGCCACGACGACAAUGACAGCUCUUUCUACAAACCUGGUGAUAACACACCCAAGUCGGAUGUAGGCGUUCGGCUAUCCCAGUUUCUCGGCGCAGACAACAUCUUCUUCCAUGGGAUCUUGUUUCCUGCCACGCUACUUCCCUUGGAUCCUCCCUACACAGCUCCUCGCCACAUCGCUUCAACAAGAUUUCUCACCUACCAGGGCGGCAGAUUCUCUAAAUCCCUUGGGGUGGGGGUAUUUGGCGACAAUGCUCAGCAAACUGGCCUCUCUGCUGAUGUCUUUCGAUUCUUCCUCCUCCAGUCCCGCCCUGAGGGCAUGGAAGACACGGAUUUCACCUGGGACAGGCUGGUCGAGGUCCACAAUGAACUUUUUGUCGGUAAGAUCGGGAAACUGGUCCACAAAGUCCUCACGGACCUCAACGGUGUGGUGCCUCACAGCCACGAUCAUAUCAAUGGGCCACUGCUUUCGUCUGUGGGACAGACGAUUAAGCGCUUCAAAGGAGGUGUACACAAGCUACUGGUGCAGUACGUUACCCAGCUUAAAAACUCGGAGUUGAGGGGUGGCUUGAUGACAACUCUGGAGUUAACUUGUGGAGGCAUUGCUCUUUUGGACCUGGUCAGUAACAGGGUUAUGUUGACGGACACAUGUGAGCGGCAGGCUGUUUUGGAGGUGGGGAUCAAUCUGGUAUACUUGGUGGUGAGGAUGCUAGAGCCUUAUAUUCCUAAGACUGUAGAGUCGCUUUACGAGGUGCUCGGAGUGGAACGGCCUACAGGAAGACUUGAGAAGGAUUGGCUUGGGGAUCAGGGACCGAUAGAGCCGGGACAUGAGGUUGGGAAGUGGGAGGAGGUGGAGGCCUUGUUUGAACGUAUCUGGCCCGAGAAGGCAAAGAUGUGGGAGCUGAAGUUUGGAGGCAAGAAAAAGAGAAAGGGAGAGGUCUUGGUGUGUGAAGAGGCGAAGAGGAGGCAGAAGAAUUAG